AUGGACGUCCGAUGUGUGGAAGACUGGAGCAGAGGCGCGCGUGAGGCGGCGGUCCUCGACUCGCGCCUGCAGAGCCCGAGAGCGGCGGAGAGGGGAGGGGAGCAGCAGCCCGAGGAGUCCCGCUACGAGGCUGGACUCGUGGACAGCUGCAGUGACCCACGCGCCUGGCUGGCUCCGGUGCAGCCUUCAGGCACCUGCGCGACACACGCCACUUCACCAGACUACCUGCGGCACUCGCCCUGCCCGAGCAUCGGCUCCUACCAAGAGAGUGGUUCCCCGGAGUCCUCGGGCCACCCCAGCCCCCCCAGCUUCAGAAAAUCUGCCAAGAGCCCCUCCUCUUCCUCGCUCAAAGUCAGGGACCUGUGCCGUCUCCAAGGCACGGUCACCGGGCCCGAGGAGGACGCAUCCGCGAGACAGAGAGCCCAGUCCAGCAGACCUGUCAACGGGGUCCAGAAGCAGAGGCGCGUGGCCGCCAACGCGCGCGAGAGGAGGCGGAUGCACGGACUGAACCACGCGUUUGACGAGCUGCGCAGCGUAAUCCCGGCGUUUGACAAUGACAAGAAGCUCUCAAAGUAUGAAACUCUGCAGAUGGCGCAGAUUUACAUCAACGCUCUGGCUGAUCUGCUUCAAGGUCCGGUCUCCUCCAACGGCAGCAGCAGCAGCAGCGACGGCUCAAACAGCAACAACAACUCGCCAAAGUCUGACAUUAUGCUUUCAUCCACCGGUGGGUUUGACGGGGCGAAGGACAGGGCUUCUCCGUCCCCUCCAGCCCGGAGGACAGCAGCGGCUGGGCCCGUCUCAGGUAGCGGCUUACCGGUCCACAUUAGUGGGAUGCCUUUCCGCUCCUCCUUUGACGACGGUGCGUUUUCCGCCUUGGUGGAGGAAGCGAUGCGUUCGCCUUCUCCUCCCCCCUCCACUCGGGCCGGCAGCUCGCUCGCACCGGUCGGCGGAGGGAGGAAGGAGUCUCCCCGGAGCGACGGAGAGUUUUCCCCGCACUCCCACUUCAGUGACUCGGAUGAAAUCGCCAUGGAGCUCCACUCAAGUGAAGAAGAUGACCUGUCAGAACUGAAGCUACGCAGCCGCCGCCACCACCACCACCACCACCACCACACCGUUGCUUUCUAA